GCCUGUUUUGGUCUCUAUGAUGAGGGCUGCCUACGCCCCCUUUCACCUCGUGGGACGCUAUGUGAUUGGGCAGGAAGGGGAGUGACGACACGCGUGUCCGCAGACAGUUAGAUUUGAAAAUUGAGGCGGGUAGCGGCGCGGCGCGCACCAGGAAAAGGAGGGUUUCUGCCACGGGCCUGCCCUGGGAGAGCGCCGGCUGCGGACGGACGGAGCCAUGGAGGCGGCGUCGGGCCCCGCGCACCUACCCGCGGUCUGUAACCGCAAACUGGCCGAGUUCCUGCGGCAGGUGGACGCCAUCGACAUGGUCUGGCUGCGGGAGAUCCGCGAGGAGGCCGCCAAGAUGUUCAGCACCAGCUGCAGUGAUGAGCCAGAGCUGAUGCCAAAAACACCGUCACAGAAAAAUCGUCCCAAGAGGCGACUUUCUAGUGUUCAGGAUGAGAACAAAGACCCAAUCAGGAAAAGGUUAUCAAGGAGGAGUAUUAAGCGAGCAUCUGCUAAACGAUGUUCCAGAAGACUCCGAAGCAAAGAGGACCUGGAAAUAAUCAGGGCUGUGAUGGAAGAGGCCUCCCCGCCUCGACGGGUGACAAGAUCCCGGGCUGUGGUUUCUGAUAUGCGCUCUGUGGCACUCCCUGAGAAGUCAGCUGUCCAGCCAGUGGAAGGGAGGGUCCCCUUAGUAGAUAUCAGUGUCAAUGAUCGCAAUAGCGCUGAGUUACAUCUGAAGAGAAGUCUGCCCAAGACAGGUGCCAUGGUUUCCAAAGUCAUUGUCCUGAGCUCAGAUGAUGACAGAAUAGUCUUUGCUAGGACUUGUUUAUUUACAUUUUGUUUUUCAUGCUCUUUUUUUCCCUCAGGUCACAGCUCUGUGGAGAGCCUUAUGGAUGAAGAAAAAAAUGUCGAAGUCAGGUCUGAGCUGGGAUCUACCACCCCCUGUAAGGAGGAUCCCCAAGGCCCCAGGAUGUCCCUUCGUUCUAAGAAUGCCAAGACAGCUGUUGGCAACCAUGUCCAGGCAGAGCAGCAGGAGGGGAGCGGUACAGAGAGCCAUUCCGAUAAGAGUGAUGAGGCCCAGGAACAGCCCCAGAGUGUCAGGAGAAAGCCAAGUUACAAGAAAGCUGUGGAUGAGCUGUAUGAUGGGCAGCAAGCGGAGGAAGGCGGGCUCUCCCCUCCAAGAAAAAAGACUCCAUCGCCACUCUGUCCAGCCAGCAAAGUUGUCCGUCCAUUUAAGACCUUUUUACAUACUGUGCAGAAGAACCAGCUGCUGAUGACCCCGUGUUCGGUGGGGCGAAGUAGUAUAAAGAAAUCCUUCAUCAAACACAACACUCCACUCCGAACCGAUCCCAAGGGUGAAUUUGUCGAGAAGGAGCGGCAGCGGCUGGAGAGCCUGCGGAGGAAACAGGAGGCCGAGCAACAACGAAAACAAAAGCUGGAGGAGGAAAAGAGACAGCGCCUGGAGGAGAUGAAACUGAAACGGGAAGCGCGUCUGCGCAAGGUGCUGCAGGCUCGGGAGCGGGUGGAGCAGAUGGAGGAGGAGAAGAAAAGGCGGAUUGAGCAGAAACUUGCUCAGUUUGAUGAGAAGAGUGAGAAGGUGCGGGAGGAGAGACUGGCAGAGGAAAAGGUAAAGAAGAAGGUAGCUGCCAAGAAGAUGGGAGAUGUUGAAGCCCGGCGCAGACAAGAGGAGGAGGCCAGAAAACAGAAAGCGCUGCAGCUGGAGGAGGAGGAGCGCCGACACAAGGAGCGAAUGCAGAAGAAAAGGGAGGAGGAAGAGCAAGAGCGAGUGAGGAAAAUUGCAGAGCAGAGACAGGCGGAACAAGAGAGGGAGAAGCAGCUGGCAGCAGAGAAAGAGCUUGAGAAGAAAAAGGAACAGGAGAGGAUUCAGGCAGAGAGAGAACGUGAGCGGCAAGAGAAGGAGAAGGCGGCUCGCCUACAGAGGGAGCUGAUGGCAGCUAGAGAGAAGGAGCGGCUCCAAAAGGAGAUGGAAGAAAAAGAGAAGAAACGGCAAGAGGAGCAGCGUCUAGCAGAGCUGGAACGGCAGGAGCAAGAGAAGAAAGCCACAGCUGCUGCCAGUAACCAUCUGAAUGUAACCGUGGAUGUGGAGAAUUCCCCUGUCUGUAACUCCUAUCAAAUGACCCCGCAGGGCCCAAAAGGGCCUAAGCCCCCCACCAUCAAUCCAAAUAAUUAUGGGAUGGAUCUGAACAGUGAUGACUCUACAGAUGAUGAGAGCCAGCCCCGCAAGCCCAUCCCGGCCUGGGCCAAUGGGACUCAGCUUAGUCAAGCUGUCAUCCACCAGUACUAUAACCCUCCUGAUGUCGCCACGCUCUUUGGGGCCAUCAUAAGCCCUAAGCUGGAGAACAUUUUCUACAAGAACAAGCCGCGAUACUUUAAGCGCACCAGCUCUGCUGUCUGGAAUUCCCCACCUUUUCCAGGUGCCAAAGCUGUGCUAGGCCUGCCCUACAGCCUGAAAAAAUACUGAGGAUGGAGGAAUGUGUCUCCUAUGGAGUAGUGGGGUUUAGUCUUUGUCUAUGGAAGAAAAAGGAUUUUAUAAUCAAUCUCUGUAAAUCUCUUAAUGUUUGUAGAUGAAUAAAGGUCAGAUGUUACUGGG